AUAUAGAGAUAAAAAGUAUUGAACAAAUACCGGCCGAUAUAUAUUAUGGCUCAAACUCAACAUCACUUCCUGUUAGUAACCUAUCCAGUUCAAGGUCACAUUAACCCAGCUCUCGAGUUUUCUAAACGACUCAUCAUUUUAGGUGUUAAAGUUACCUUCACCAUCCCAGUCUCUGCCUAUCGCAAAAUGAUCAAAGCUGGUCGGGUUCCAGAAGGUUUCAACUUUGUUGUAUUUUCAGAUGGCUUCGAUGACGGUUUCAACUCUAACACCAAUGAUCAUAUGCUUUUCAUGACUCAGAUGAAGAGACGCGGAUCAGAGACUCUAAAAGAAACUAUUCUUUCUAAUAGUGCUCAAAAUAAUGGCAGUACUCCGAUUACUUGCUUGGUUUAUACCCCGCUACUUCCAUGGGCCGCAGAGGUGGCGCGUGGCCUUAAUGUGCCAUCAGCACUUCUCUGGAUUCAACCAGCUUCAAUUUUACGUGUGUAUUACUAUUACUUCAACGGGUACGAUAAACUCAUUAGAGACUGUUGUAACGAACCUUCAUGGUCUAUUGAAUUACCGGGGCUACCAUCACUUAAAAGUCGCGAUCUCCCUUCCUUUUGUUUUCCAUCAAAUCCUUACGGAUUUAUUUUGGAUGCAGUCAAAGAGCAACUUGAUAUGGUGGCUUCCGAAGAGAAGCCGAUAAUAUUUGUCAACAGCUUUGAUGCGUUGGAAGAAGAGGCGCUCAAAGAGAUUGAUGAUGGCAAGCUAAGCAUGAUUGCUAUAGGACCCUUGGUUCCACGGGGAGAUUUAGUUUUUGAAAAAUCAAAAGACGACGACGACAUAAUGGAAUGGAUGACAACAAAGCCCAAAGGGUCUAUUGUGUACGUAGCUUUUGGGAGCCUCUUAGUGCUAACAAAGAAACAAAAAGAUGCGAUAGCACAAGGUCUGUUAGGAAGUGAGAGGCCGUUUUUGUGGGUGAUCAGAGAUGAAGAUGCUAACCUGAAAGGUGAGGAAGGUGAAGAGAACAAAGAAAAGCUGAGUUGUAUGGAGGAAUUAGAAAAAUUAGGUUUGAUUGUUCCUUGGUGCAGUCAACUAGAGGUGUUAUCGCACCCAUCUUUGGGCUGUUUUGUGACACAUUGUGGCUGGAACUCAACGUUGGAGAGUAUAGUUUGUGGGGUUCCAGUAGUGGCAUUUCCUCAUUGGAAUGAUCAGCCAAUGAACGCGAAGCUUCUGGCGGAUGUAUGGGAGACAGGGGUGAGGGUCGCACCUAAUGAAGAUGGAGCGGUCGAAGGGGAGGAGAUAAGAAAAUGUAUCGAAAUGGUGAUGGCAGAUGAUGAAAAAGGAAUAGCAAUGCGAAAUAAUGCUAACAAGUGGAAGGAUUUGGCAUCGGCGGCUGUGAAAGAAACCGGAUCCUCUAAUACAAAUCUCAAAUCUUUUCUCGAGUUAAUAUAACAUAGACACUAGACGAAGUGCUAAUUGUUUCCAUCAAUAAAAUUGAAUCCGGAAAUAUUUCUGCUAAA